AUCGGUGAAACAAGAAAGCCGUUUUCCAUUACCAAAGGGCAAUACCUGACAAAACCCGUCUCGCGCCAUACUGCAUGCUUGUGUUUGGUUUGCCGUUGUUGGCGCGUGGUCAAAUAUUAAAGAAACUUGUAAUUACCGUGUAAAAAUGUCGGACAAUCAGGAACAGAAAGCUGAUGCCGGUACGUGCGACGCGAAUUCAGAAUACAUCAAGCUGAAAGUCGUUGGCAAUGACAGCAAUGAAAUCCAUUUCAGGGUAAAGAUGACCACUCAAAUGGGCAAACUCAAAAAAUCAUACAGCGACAGAGUGGGAGUGCCAAUGACUUCGCUCAGGUUCCUCUUCGAUGGAAAAAGGAUCAAUGACGAUGAGACACCAAAGCAGUCUAGAGCCACUUCAAUAGGAGUAUUUUCUAUGGUUUCCGUUUGUAGACGUUAUCCUGAAAGUAUCAAAGAGAUUGCGACUUCUACUGGAGAUGGAAAAUGAUGAUGUGAUCGAGGUGUAUCAAGAGCAAACAGGCGGUUAUGUUUAAAUAGCGCUACCGGAGAGCAGAAGAUUAAAAAAAAAAACAAGCAGAAAAAACCACGCAAUUUCAUUAUUUCCCUUCAUAAUUUUCUUUUUUCUCUGUUUAGCGACAGUAAUUAAAUAUUUAGUUCAAUUGAAAUGGACAGCAAUAGACUAUCAAUUUCUGUUUAACAGCAGAACUCACGGAAAGUGUAUUAAGUUUAUUAUCCACUUAGCACCCAUUUAUUACAUUAAUGUAUCUGAAUAUUCGUGUGUUCGGACAUGAAAAAUAAUACGAGAAACAUUUGACUAUAUGCAAUACUGGAACUUUCUUACAUUCCUAAUGUCGAGAGGAUGAUGAUGUAGAAUUUGAUAGUCUGUCCAUUCAUGAUAAUUGCGUGCUGAAUUUAAUGUUUUAGCCCCCCCACCCCUUCGAUCAAAUGCGCUAUGAAUGAAUAUAACAUAAUACAUUCAGAUAAAAAACAUUAUUUCGAUAUCCAUUAAUAUUAAUAACAAAAAAGAAGACAAGCGUGCAAAUACUUGCUGAUAAAGCGUGCUUAUACUGAUAUAAGAUUUGAAAUAAUUUGAAGAAAUCAUUAAAAUUCUGAAACGUCUUAUUUCUUUGUCGUUUGAAUAAAAAAUAAUGUAAUAAUUA